AUGGUUAAAACUAGAGGUCUUGGUCGGGCUUUAGGUCGAGCAAUAGGAAAAGCCUUGGGGAGGAGAGACGUGAGUGACGAUGAUGCCCCCAACGACGAAGGUCUAUUGCAUCAGCCCAUAGACAGUGACAACAAGAGCGAACAUCUUGAGCUAAAGCUAUCUUCCCAUGGAAGGAAGAUGGCUAAGUUUGGGAGGCCUGUUCCACAGAUUGAAGGCCUUGUGGCGGCCAGUGGACUAAGUCCUUUGAUCGCCUGGGCAUUCCACAGCUUCGAGCUACUUCAUGUCAAUGACGUUGUCGAUAUGUUGGUGGAAUUACUUGAGGUCAGUGCUACAGAGGCGAGAGCUGAGACAAUUCAGUGUCAUGGCUCUUAUGUUCGACUAUCGUGGCUACGCGACGUGUAUCAGAUGAAGAUCGAGAGUGGGGGUUACACUUGGGGUGCUGCUGCACUUGUGCACAUAUAUGAUAAUUUAAAUGGCACAUCCAAGAGCACAACGAGACAACUUGUAGGAUAUAUCACUCUAUUACAGAUCUACGAGCAUUUUCCGUCCGUUGGUUCCGUUGUUCCUGCCGAGAAUUAUGAUGAGAGGAGACCGCAUGCAUGUCGAUGGGCCUCUGGCAAGGCACUGCCCGUUUCCACAUAUCGCAGGCAUCUGGAUAGACUGAGUCCUGACGUGGUGUGCUGGAUUUCAUAUGGUGACCACCGUUCAUUUAGAGAAUUUGAGGUCAUCUCAUUAUUUUCCAGCCAUCUUAGAUGA